UCAUAGCAACGUCAACAAGCAAUGCCCUCAUCUCUAUAGAAGCAAACGUUUCAGGAAAGAUAGUAAAAAAUGGCAGCGAAGGCUCAGAAAUGCCCCCAUUCUGAUGCCUUUACGGUAAUUUCUGGUAAAAAAUCACCUAGCGCUCCACCAACAACCGGAGCUUUUAAGAGGAGUAAAGCGAAUCCAUCAAACUUUCGAAAGUUUUACGAAAGAGGAGAUUUUCCAAUAGGCUUGGAACAUGAUACCAAGGGCAAUAAAAUUGCGUGGAAAGUAGAAAUUGAGAAAUUAGACUAUCAUCACUAUCUACCACUUUUCUUUGAUGGCCUAAGCGAAAUAACCCAUCCUUAUGAAUUCUUUGCAAGGCAAGGUGUUCAUGAUAUGCUGGAACAUGGUGGUAGUAAAAUUCUACCCGUCAUUCCUCAAUUAAUUAUACCUGUCAAAAACGCCCUCAGCACGAAGGAUACUCAGGUUAUGUGUACAACGCUGAAAAUUCUACAACAUCUAGUUGUUUCUGCUGAUAUGAUUGGUGAAGCUCUCGUCCCAUACUAUCGCCAAAUUUUACCAGUGUUAAAUUUUUUCAAGAACAAAAAUUUGAACGUUGGAGACAAAAUCGAUUACAGCCAGCAGAAGAGAGAAAAUUUGGGUGACUUGAUUCAGGAAACAUUAGAAGCAUUUGAGCGUCAUGGCGGAGAAGAUGCUUUCAUUAACAUCAAGUAUAUGAUUCCCACUUAUGAAUCGGUCAUGUUAAAUUAA